AUGGCUGCAGCUGGGCUUGGAUGGGAUGUUAGGGUUUUAGACGGGUUUGGGUAUAAAGAGCUGGAAAAAUUGAUGGGUUUGGACAAUUUCCCCCAAUUUGCUGUUCCCAGCAGGCCUGUGAGGGGUAAAAUGCCCAAGAUUGAAUUCGAGCAUCCCGAUUGCGUGCUGUUGAUUUUUUUGAAAGGUUCGAAGGAAUUCGAGGUGGAUUAUGAAAAAGUGAAGGGGGCUCUAUUUGAAUUUUCGAAUCUUGAAUGGGAAGGCAAACCAAAUAUGCUUAGCAAAGAGCACGUGUGUUGGGAUAUUAUCUAUAGAACGGCUGAAGCUGUAAAGAAGCCACUAAAUGCGACUAAAGAAGUGAUUUCAAAGCCUUUUAAAAGUAGCCGGAUGAUUAGCGAGACUUCUUACAAGGGUUUGAAUCUGAACGAGUUGGUGAGAAAACGAAGGAGUGCAGUAGCUAUGGAUGGUGUUACAAAAAUCCCGAAAGAAACGUUCUUUCAGAUUAUGUUACAUUGUAUGCCUACGGGUUAUGAUGAAAGUGGAGAGAAGCAGGGAAAGCAAUUGGCUUUGCCUUUUCAAGCUUUGGGAUUCUGA